AUGGGAGGAUCAGCUGCGUGGGCCAAAGGGCCAAAGCGUGAGUUCGCCGCCCAGGUCGUCCUCUGGCGCCGCUUCCCAGCCCGCCCGGGCGCUGUCCAGGCCCCAGACGACCCUCCAACGUUGUGCCGGGAAGGCCCCGCGGCACGUUUUGUAAGAAAACGUCUUGGGCUCAAAGUAGUUGCAAAGAAGUGUCCCGUAGCACAGUCGGGGCGCACGGGUCCGGUGCUGGCGGCUGUGGGGGACCGGGACCCAGGGUGGGGCUGCGUAAACUCGGGGACACUUGGGAACAUUUACACAGGAAGUGAGAGGAGCCGGCUGCUGGCGGCUGGUCCUGGACAGCGUGGUCGAGGGACCAGGGCUCAGGUCGAUUCCGCUGCGCCAGCCUUCGCCGACAGUGAUAAUCGGAAGGAAUGUAAGGAAGAAUCGGAAGGCUUGCAACCGGGAGUUGGAGGUCCUCUGGCCCCGCAGAUGCUGGGUUGCAGGCAUCGAAAACUUCCUGAACACGACCAGUACGAACUUGAUCUUGAGCUUCCGAACUCCAAACGCCUGGGCAAGAAUUCAGCAAAGCGUAGCACCGCUCACCCGCACUUCCCCCAACUAGCGGUUGCUGUUUCUUGGAAGACGCGCUUAUCCGCCCCGUCCUGGCGGUGGCGAGUGACAACACGAAAUAAUCAGUGUCACAGCAAGCAGCUGCCGCAGGCCAUCAUCAUCGGCGUGAAGAAGGGCGGCACGCGGGCGCUGCUGGAGUUUCUGCGCGUGCACCCCGACGUGCGCGCCGUGGGUGCGGAGCCCCAUUUCUUCGAUCGCAGCUACGACAAGGGCCUCGCUUGGUACCGGGACCUGAUGCCCAGAACCCUGGACGGGCAGAUCACCAUGGAGAAGACGCCCAGUUACUUCGUCACGCGGGAGGCGCCCGCGCGCAUCUCGGCCAUGUCCAAGGACACCAAGCUCAUCGUGGUGGUGCGGGACCCGGUGACCAGGGCCAUCUCGGACUACACACAGACGCUGUCCAAGCGGCCCGACAUCCCCACCUUCGAGAGCUUGACGUUCAAAAACAGGACGACGGGCCUCAUCGACACGUCGUGGAGCGCCAUCCAGAUCGGCAUCUACGCCAAGCACCUGGAGCAUUGGCUGCGCCACUUCCCCAUCCGCCAGAUGCUCUUCGUGAGCGGCGAGCGGCUCAUCAGCGACCCGGCCGGCGAGCUGGGCCGCGUGCAGGACUUCCUGGGCCUCAAGCGGAUCAUCACGGACAAGCACUUCUACUUCAACAAGACCAAGGGCUUCCCCUGCCUGAAGAAGGCGGAGGGCAGCAGCCGGCCCCACUGCCUGGGCAAGACCAAGGGCAGGACCCACCCUGAGAUCGACCGCGAGGUGGUGCGCAGGCUGCGCGAGUUCUACCGGCCUUUCAACCUCAAGUUCUACCAGAUGACCGGGCACGACUUUGGCUGGGAUUGAACAGACCAGGGCUGUGUACCUUACCCACGUGGCUUAUCUAUUGACAGAGAUUAUAUGUAUGUAAAAUGUACAGAAAUCUAUUUUAUAAUAAUUUAUUUUUAAUUCAUAAGCAAUUAAUUCACUAAGCUGCCUAGCCACACUCUUGAGAGAGUUAGCUUCAUAAUCUGUUAACAUUCCAAAGUGUUUAACUCUAAAAUUUUGUUCUCUUCCUCACAAUUGAUGGUGCUUCCAUUUCUUUCUUCUCCCCUACCUGUUAUAUUUAAAACAAAGAAAAGCACAACUUGAGAUUUUUGUUGUUACGGGUAUUCAGCCUUCAGUCACCGUCUGAGUUCUCCAGUUGCUGCCUCCUUGUCUUGUCUUGGGUGUCCCAUUCCAGCUUCCCUGUCUCUUCCUGCCUGUGUACCUUGUAGGAACGCUGAGCUGCCUCAGCAGGGCUGUAUUCUGAAGGGCAGACCUCAUGUAGCAGCCUCCUUGCAGAUGUGGGUCCAAUGAUGUAGCCUGAAUGCCACAGGGCUAGGGUUCUGUCCCCACCUCCAUUCAGUACAUGGAGGAAUCUCUCACUCCCUUUACAAGGACAUCCACAUCCUUUAUUUUAUUUUAUUUUAUUUUUUGGAGAUGGAGUCUUAUUCUUGUUGCCCAGGCUGGAGUGCAAUGGCGCAAUAUGGGCUAACCACAACCUCCGCCUCCCGGUUCAAGCAAUUCUCCUGUCUCAACCUCCCAAGUAGUUGGGGUUACAGGCAUGCACCACCACACCUGGCUAAUUUUGUAUUUUUAGUAGAGACAGGGUUUCUCCAUGUUGGUCAGGCUGGUCUCGAACUCCCGACCUCAGGUGAUCCGCCUGCCUCGGCCUCCCAAAGUGCUGGGAUUACAGGCGUGAGCCACUGCGCCCGCUAUCCACAUCCUUUUAGAGUCAGAUUGCUAGGGUCCAUUGACUUCAGCUUUUGAUUUUUGAAGGAUGGCCCUGUAUCCUCCUCUGCCCCAUUCCCUGGUUCAUUAACCAGUUUGAAGUGCAUGCAGAUUGUUGCCCCUUCUUUCCAAGGUCACAUGUGUGAGAUGCUUGGGUGCUGCUUUAGAAAUCAAGAUGAUCUCCUUUAAUUUGCAUGAAACUACACCAUGCUGCGUUCCCCAGGCAGACAGUUCUGCUUUGACACACCAAAGAAUCCCGUAGGCUAGCAGAGCCGCCGGCACAAACCAAGGGCGCUGGGUGUCGAGACUCAGAGGGGUCAGCUGUGUCCCUCGGCAUCAGUGUCUACCAAGGUGCUGCUAGGUACAGAGCCAGCCAGUGUUGGGCAGCAGGCUCACAGCCUCAAUAGGCAGAAAGGACAAAGGCCUCAAAAGGACAGGCAGCCUGGCAGAGGAAGGGAGUCUGACACCUCAGCUUGAUGUGUCUUUGGAAUUCCUAGCUCAUCUCAGAAUGAUCUCUCAGAGUGAUAAUAUGGGUGGUAGCCAGUGGCCAAACAGCAAGAACGAAGAGUGGCCCUUGUUAAAAAAAAAAAAAAAAAGGUUGGUAAAGCUGGCUCCAUGUUGCCUGUAAACCCUUGAACCUGAUGCUCAUACAGCUGUCCCUUGUUUUAGCCAGGUCUUGACAGAAGGGUUAGCAGCACUGUCACUGAUGUGCAGAAUGCUCUCCCCGUGCCUUUCUGUUGGUUUAUAACAGUUGGGUAACCAGAUAGCAAUAUAGUGGCAAUUGAAUAGCCAUAUAGUAAUACAGGGGCAGUUGGUUAAACAUAUAGCAAUAUCACAUAAUGACAUGUUUAAUUUAACCUCAGUUUUUUAAACCUUUUAAACCAGAAUGCUUCUACCGUAAAAGGAUUGUGAUUUCAGUUAUACUUCCAUCAAGGAAUAUGUGGGAAGAUAGACAUAUUGUCAAAAUGGUUGGGAUGGGAUAGUUACAAAGGACACUUCUGUAUGUUGUAUGGGAUCACUUGCCUGAUAGUAUAAGAAACAUUGUAUGAAAAGAGGAAAAGAUAAUUCAUUUUUGGAAAUUGAUCAGAGAUGUCACUGGUCUUUAAGUGAUGUCUUGAAAAUCCGGUUUGUAUUUGCCCAAAAGUUUUAGCCUACAUCUAACUAGCUUACACUUAGCAGCCAAACCAUCAUUGUGUAGGUUCUGUUUUGGAGGAAGCUCAUGGGGGAUCUGCGCAUGUCAGGUUUCUCCCUGUUCUCCAAUGCUAUAUCCAUUUCUUAGCUUUUCCACGGUCUCCAGAAAGUAAUGUGGGACCUGCACUUAGGGAAAUACCCGAAUCAUAGUGUGGUUCUGCCUUCUUGAUGAGUGGGUGUGAAAAACACCUGCAAAAGGGUGCUAAUUGGUCGUGCAUUUUUUCAUUUAUUUGAAAUCAAACUGAGAACACCUCUUUUCGGUUUACAGCAAACUUGGCUUGAAGUAAAAGGCAGUAUCCAAGUCUUUUACCUGGUCUUGCCCUGUCUAAUUUCUGACCACUCGGAUGGUCUGAUGUGGCUGUCGAUGUGGAACUACGGAAGAGUUGAGAGAAGAGUAUGCAACAAAGCCAUAGGAAAACACGCAGGAGCUUUUCCCUCCCCUUCAGGGCCCCACCCUCUUUCCAAGCUGGACAAUGUUUUAUUAAGUUCUUUAUUCCCUGCCUUAAAACUGAAACAGGAAAUUUUUCUGGUAGAAGGAGGGUCAUUUAGUCAUGAACACUGAAGUGAGUCAAAAUUCUAUUCUGGGUCAAAUCCUUGAAUUCCAACAGAUGUCCAUAAUUAGUACAGAUGGAAUACAGCAAGUUUUUCUAUGUAAGACAAAUCAAACAUCAUGUACAUCUCCUCAUAAAGGUCUGAUGGCUUAAAGUUCCUGACAGAUCUGGUGGCAGCAUCUGCCGGAGCUUGCACCCCGUCAUCUGACGGUCAUCUUCCUCCUGCGGAAGUUAGGUAACGUAAGCCUUAGAUUUCUCCCUGUUCUAGCAAUCUGCAAGACCACCAAGCUUAACUUUUUAGCUGCCAGGAGACAAACACCCUUUUCUGUUUCGGCAAUUUGUCCUGGCAUGUGUUUUGGGCUUCCUCCAAUUUACAGGAAAAGUUCUGAUAUUCAUUGGAGUACUUUAUUUUUUUUCCUCAGUUUUGUUUCUUUUCUCAUUUAAAAACAAACAAAAAGUUCAACAACAAAAAAAUUGGGAGGUUUUUCUUGUUUCUAUCUAGUUCAUGCUUUCUUUGCGGUGUUUGAACAGUAGUCUGUUAACUUAGUAGGUGGUACCUGGAAAGGUAUUUUAAGUGUAGUGACUGUUUAAUAAAUACUUAAUUGGUUGACGGAGGAGGAGAAAUUGUUUUCUUCCCAGGAUUCUCUUUGGGGGUCAUUUUGAGUGACAGAUACAUUUUAGACAUUUGGAGAAACAGUUUCAGAUCCUGCCAGGAUAUUUUUGUAAAAAAGGAUAAUGGAAGGUUCCAGUAUACUAGAAACAGUACAUACCUAAGACGCUGACACGGAAGCUAAUGUGACUUUUCUUUUCAGCUUGUCAAGAGGAUGGCCAAUAAAACUUAAAAGGUGUGGUUAGAUGGUUUUUCACUUUUGUGACAUUAAUUUAUCCCUGAGUCUCAUUCAACCCAGUAAUCUAAAAUACUGUGCAAAUUCUAGCAGUAUGUCUUUGAUAACUUGGAUGUUAGGAUAGCCAAUAUGUACAAAAAAUUAAAUCAAGUAUUUUGUCCUAUGUAUAACACAAAUUAAUUUUACACAGAGAAAGAUGUUUCUAGGCAAAUGAAAUUCUGGUAAUUCAUACUAUUUCUUUGUAUGAACAAAUAAAAUAUAUUUUGCCAA